AUGGAUGCAUUCGUGACAAGGCUUCCAAAGCCGCAAAGUCAACUCCGCAGUCAAAUUCGACCUGACUCACCAGAAAAGGAGAGGCCUUCCAAGCGAGCCAAACAACAGGGAUCCCCAGAUUCUGAUAGUGAUCAUUCUCACGAUGCACAUGAUUCUCAGAACAAGACGUCACCGACGAAAAGCAUUGAUAACACUGAAUCUGUUGAAACUGAUACUCAAAAUGAUGGACAUUCUCGACCUACGGACAUCGAAAGUGCAUUACCUCCAGCCGCUGAAGGCAAAGAGGCAAUUGAAGAGUAUGAGGCGAUGAAGUCAUCGCAGGCCACUGCUGAAGAUGGCGCAACAGAAAAACCUCAGUCUCGUUGGGUCAGAGGACAAAGCUCUAUAUAUGUGGACGCCUUCAACCUCGCCCUUGAUACAGUCUUGGAGGAAGAAUCACAUUUGUUCGAUGAAAAUGAAAGUGAGGUCUUCAGGCAGUGGAGAGAGUUGAACUACGAAGCUCAAUACCUAUAUGUUCGUUUAUUUCUGAGAAAGACAGCAUCGUGGCAUCGUCAUAGUCGUCUUGGGUAUCAUAGCGAUAUUUCAGAUCUCGAAGCAGCCAUAGCUACCCUGCAGUCGUCUCGUAAACUACCACAACAUACCACUCUCCAGACACAAACUCCAGUUUUAGGCAUCAAACUUGAAGAGUUUAGCUUGGGAGAGACAUUUACGUUUGCGGAUGCAUCGGAUGAUCAUAUCAACUGUGUGGAAGAGGCUGCCUCGCAACUCAGUUUGGACGAACUGAAGGAUCUGGCAAAGGAAGCCAAAACUCAGGGGCGUACCAAAACAGAGCUCAUUCGUUCACUUGUGCGGAUGAGCAAACAGCAAGCCGGAUUAAUGUCAGUUGGUCUUAGCAGACACAACAGCCGUGAUUCGGCUUGCGAGGAUCAAGAAAACAGAGAUGCAAAAGCGAAACCCAAGGCAAAGCUUCGUCGGGAAGACUCAAACCGAGAGCAGCAUUUUUUGACCAAAAUUCUUGCUAUACUCGGGCCUUGCAUUCGACUAUCGCCGUCACCCUUCAAGCUUUUCGAGCGUGUGCAUCUCGUGUUUUACCGAUCGACCGAGUGGACGGAGAAAUCACUCACUACGAUUAUUCUAGCCAAGAUUGCAAAACGCCAUUUCCCCGAAUAUAUUGUCUGCCGAACCUCCACUAUAUUUGCAUCACGCUUACAUUUGCUGGAGUAUGAAACUGCGAUCCGCAUGGAAGCGGAGGUCGACGCGUGGGAGUUUAGUAGUCCCACAGGAGAAGAGGGCCUCAGAAUGAUGAUUGACAUAUUUGACAAAGUUUACCCCAGAUGGAAGAUGUUGGUUGAAGAAGAGCAACGCAAAGAGCACACUGUAUAUGAAGCGGGCGAAGGAGCUUAUUUGAGACGGUUCACGCCCGGCCAUUCGUACACGAGAAUUGUUCAUAAAGCGGCUCCAAUUUUUGGAAAACUUAAAGAACACCUGCGAGAGCAUCAGUUGCUCGCUGAACUUCUCAACCAGCGAUUGUUCCACCCAGCCAGGCGAGGUGGCUGGUAUCAGCGAAAAGCUCUACUGGAAGAGCAUUAUAUGCCUGUCUUAGAUCCGAGCCCAAGAUACACAGAUGUUGAGCAGCAGAAAAAACACUGGAAGAGAGUUGCAGUUACUACUUGCGAAGCUGGACUACAAGAUUCAGACUGCCAUCUCAUAUUUCACUUCGACCUGCAGAAACGGUUGGUAAAGUUAGAAAAGAAACUGCGCAUACCACGCCGUUUACAACACGAUUUUGGUCACGUCGGUUUGCAAAAGCCUAUCGAGCAUACAAUCGAAGGGAUACAAAUCAAGAAGGACAUAAUCGUCAAGCCCGGUCGUCAAGCGUCAACAAAGACCAUAUGGUUUGACGCGCUAGACUCGCAAGAAGAGUGCAAUGUCGAAGCGAUGUGUCUGAGCCAGUAUCGAUCAGAAGGAUGGAAAGGAUACCACGCUGAGGGUGGGAUCAUUCGCACUCUCUUUGCAUACCUCUUUUACGACGUCCUCUUCAUUUACAUACCAAAUGUGUUCCAAACGGCUUAUCAAACAUGCCCACUUGACCUACAUACAGACGCCUUCUACCCAUCCAGGGCAUCUGAAAUCAACCACAGGCUUGUUGAAAUUGCCAACGGAGAGGCGCCAAGGCUGAUUCGUGAAGUCUGGGAUCGAGAGCACGAGAAGAGGACAAGUGUUGUGGGCCUCAAUUGGGAUUUCGAGGUUGACGAUCUUGUGGAGCUUGUAGAAUGCUUCGAAGGCAGUGCUCUUGCGGCAAUAUGCAAGGUGAUGGCUCAGGAAUACAGGCAACGCGGCGGAGGCAUUCCGGAUCUGAUUCUGUGGCGCACUAAAGAGACACUAGAGGAUCAAUCCACAGAACCCGGCAAAGCGAAGGGAGAGGUCAUGUUCUCGGAGGUCAAGAGCGCAAACGACCGAUUGAGCGAUACUCAACGGCUCUGGAUCCAUGUGCUUACAGGCGCAGGGGUCAAGGUUGCGCUUUGCAAUGCCGUAGCAAAAGAAGUGAGGGAAGUGGAUUGA